AUGGUUCGGUUCGGCAAAACAAGUAAUGAGGGGAUGUGGGUCGAGACUUUCGUAUUAAAAGUAAGCGGGAUCGGCAAUUACAAUGAGAUCGGUCAAAAGACGAUCUCUUUUAAAAUAAGACAGAGCUCGGCAAAGGAGACGCAGCUCGGCAAAGAAUUGAUUCGGUCCUGGCGCUCGGACCAGCGGUCCUGGACGAUCAGUGGGCCUCUUGAUUUGGGCCGGCCCAUAUGGAGGGGUGCUAAGCCCACCUCCAACAAUAGCCCCCCCCCCAAGUCGGUGUACGUUCAAGGUGUCGAUCUCGAGGCGUCGUUUCGGCGUAAAUGGGUUGGCGUGAAUCAAGAGCGUGCCACGUGUCGUCCAUGCAGUGAAAAGGCGUGGGCCACCGAGCGUUUUCUCUCGUCAGAUGCCGAUUCUUCUAGCGUGAAUCGGAGUGAUCAGACCCCUGAAAGGACGACGAGGCCUCUGCUACGCCGAGCAGACUUGAGGGUUCGCCGAUCCGAACAAUGUCAACGCGAGAUCGGCGCAGUCCCCGAUUGUUACUCCGAGUCUCGAGAUGAGGAUGUUUUGGACGACUUGCCGUUCUUGACGCGUUUAGAGGAUACGCGUGCUCGAUGCUCGGCCGCGUCUGUCCCGGCAGCCGUGCAGAUGGAAACGGUCGAGGAGGCCCGGGCUCGUUCGGCAGCAUCCAGGAAAGCUGGGAUCGCCGAGAGGAAGAGGGCGGCUGAGAUUGCCGAAGGGGAAGAGGAAAUGUCUGCUCAGACGAGGAGGCAGCCGAGGUCGCCAGGAAGAAGAAGGAAGCCGAGAUCGCCAAAGAGCGCGAUCGCCAAGGAGAGGAAGGCUUCGAUAGCCAAGGGGAAAAGGGCUGCUGAAAGGGCUGCGGUUCGGCAGAGAGAAAAGGCCAACCCCGGUGGUCAGGGGGAACUCGAAGCCGAGCCGAAACAGCCGAAGAAGAAGAGGGAGCCGACGGAUCUGAGGAAUCUGGGAAAGAGUCAUUGUACGAUCGACGAUCUCUUGAUGGUUCGUCGUGAUCACGCCAGCGUGUCUGGUCUGGAAAUGCGCCUUCCUGAAGAUGACGAGCGUCUGUGGAAGGCGCCGCCGGGCUGGUUUACAGCCUACAAAUUUUGGUUCAAGGAGUCGCAUAUGUUCUUCCCGCUUCCGAAGCUGUUCGUCGCGUACUGUGAGGAUGUCGGAUCGCUUUUUCUCAACUUUGUCCGGCGGGUGUUCGCAAUAUUACGGGCACGCUGGUUCUGGCUGCCGAGCUGGGGAUGGAGCUUAAUCGAUUUUUAUGAGGCGAUGUCGUCCAUCGCUGUCAACCAGGGCACUCCCGGGACCUCCUCUGUUCCUGAUCUGGACAGGCGUACCGGAACGAGUGGAGUCCGAUCUUUGUUCGGCCUCCUUUUGGCUAACCCUCCAGUUAACUUUUACGAGGACGUUCGGCGGCUUUCUGAGCACGGGAAGAGGAAGUGGGAGGACAUCGCCGAGACGCGGAUCAAAGCUCAGUGGCUCGCAUCGCAUCAGAGGUGCCGACCCGGUAGAAGAGGUGACGGCCGAUGGUCAAAAGUGGUGGGGAAGAAGAGGAAGAAGAGCGCCUCGGCCGGGAAGCAGGCGGAGAGGAAGAAGGAGAAAACGGCAUCCGGGUCUUCAUCUAAGACCGUGGUGACGAUCGGCGAUCGCGUGGCCGCCGAGCGGGCAGACCCUUGGUAUGCCGAACAUCCGGGUUACUCGGGAAGCGCCGGUCUUCCCUUUUACCGAGCUCGGUGGCGAGAUCGACGUGCCGGGGUCCUCGGGUGGUCUGAGAAAGAGGAGGCGGACAUCCUCUGCCGAGCAUGGGGAGAUGGCCGACGAUGGGGGCCGUCGAGGGAGAGGGUAGAUGCCGAGGCGGGCAAUGAGGCGGGCGGAGCCGCCGAUCUUGCUGACAUGGACGUGAAGCCUGAGGGGGCUAUGGAAGUCUUCGACUUUCACUACGAGGGGCGUCAUCGCUUUCUUGAGCAGCAACGUCGUUGGGCGACUGUAUAUAAUCUCCAGCCGGACUGUAUUUCGGAACCGCGUCCUCCAGUGUCAUUAGAGGAGAAGCGUCUUUUCCGGAGAUGGCCCGUCAUACCUUCCAAUCGGUCGCGAGUAACAAUGCUUUGA